AUGGUUUGGUGUUAUUGCUCUAUUUGUGGUGAAAGUGAAAAAGUUGUGAGUACUCAAACAGAAAGAUUACAUAGACAAGAAGAAUUUGGAAGAAUAGAUCAUUUUAUUGAUAAUAGUCAAGAAGAAACUAGAGAACCAUUAUUAUCUACUAGUCAAAGCUUUAAUUUAUCAAUAUCAUCUGCUGAAGACUUAACUACAUCAUUUUUAGCAUGUAAUAUUGAACAAAGAAUUGAGCAAGAAGGUGAAAAUGAAGAAGUAGAACAUGAAGCAGAAGAAAUAGAUAAUAAAGAGAUAGAACGAAUAAAAAAAUUUAAAUUAGUAUUAAAUUAUAGUUCUUCUGAAGAAGAUAGUGAAACUGAAACUAAACAAGAAAAUGAUUUUGAAGAUUCAUUAUUUAUAAGAGAUACUGGACUACUUGAUGAUAUAGAAUUAGAAGAUAGUGAUAUUGAAGAAGAAACAAUUUUAAGCUUUAAAAAUACUAAAACAUAUACUCAACCUAAUUCCAAAUAUAUACUAUACUCUAUAUUAUCAAAUACUUUUAAAGAUUCUUUUAACUUGACAAUUCAAUGGGCUGGUCAAUCAUUUGCAACUAUAAAAUACCCAGCUAGAAGAAUGUACUAUGGAGCUUUAAUUUUAGUUUCAUGUGAUACACCAGCAAGAAAUAAAAUUUGUGGAUUUUCCAGCCAUUCUUCUAAACAUGCAUGUUUUAAAUAUCAAUCAAACAUUGAUAAUUAUUCUUUACGAAAUAUUGAAGAACAUAAAAUAAUAGCUGAGAAAUGGAAAUAUUCUAUAUCUAGUGAGCAUAAACAGUUGUUUGAUCAAUAUGGUAUUCAAUGGUCAAGUUUUCUUCAAUUAUCUUAUUUUGAUCCAAUAACAUUUUCUGUAUUUGAUUCGAUGCAUAAUAUUUUUCUUGGAACAGCUUGUAAAAUUAUGAAAAUUUGGACAAUAGAAACUGAAUUAAUUUCAAAAAAUCAGCUUAUUAAUAUUCAAAAUAUUGUUAAUAAUGGCCCACCACCUGCUAGUAUUGGAAGGAUUUCACAUAAAAUAGCAUCUAGCUUUUCAGGAUUCACAUCCGAUUAA